AAAGAAUACUUGCUCACUCUCGUCAUACAAUUUGAAUAAGCCUCAAUAUUAAUUCCAUUUGCGUUGGACAGAAUUAUUUCUUGUUAAUUCAAAUUUCAUUAAAAUCAAGAUCAACAUUGAGCCAACGAAAUAUGGAGAAAGAACAAACAGUGGGGACUCAAUCAAAGAAACCCGUUUGGAUCGAUCUCAAUCCGGUGGAAAUUUUGGAAUGCAUUUUCCGGUAUGUUGAAGACAGUGAAUUAAUGCGGCUAAAGGACGUCACUGAUCGAUUCGAAUCCGUUGUCAAGACUACAUUCAAGGAAAGGUAUAAAACGAAGAACUUCAAAGUGUGCAACGAGCAGCGUGUGUAUUGUGAAGAAUUGAUUGCAUUCAUUGGGGUAGACAUAAUGGGAAUUGAGGCGAAAAAUUUGUUUGAUAUUGAUCAAAAUCAUUGGUUGAUUCAGCUAUUGAAUCAACAUUCUAUCGAACUUGGUCGGAUCAUAUUCGAUUGCUGUAGCUUCAAUGACAUAGCUGAUGCUCUAGAACAACAAUUGGAUGUGACUCAAAUUGCAUUCCGACACUACCAAGACAAUAUGGCAUUGCCGGAAUUUCGCAAUUUAACCAGCUUGGAAAUUGAUGGAACCGGAAUCUCAAACUAUCCACAAAUCGACCGAAACAAUCCACAGCUUCAACGGUUGUACAUCCAAAGAGGCACAGUUUCACCAGCGCUAGUUAUCGAGUCUGUUGGUCAGCAUUGCAAUCGUUUGGAAGAGCUGCAUGUGAUGAAUUAUCGUGAAGACUUAGUUGGAUCGACAGAUGUGUCAACGGUGGCAACGGAACGGUUGAAUAGUCUUGGUACAACAAUUGGCAACAAUUUAGUCGAAGUAAUGAAAGAGUUCAGCGCAGGAUGCAAAAAUCUCAAGAAUUUGACGCUUAAACACAAUGAAAGGAGUUUGAACGAGAAGUUGGUCAGGACGAUUGGUUCAUUUUCAAACAUCGCAGCACUAACUGAUGACACAUGGUAG